AUGCGUGUCCUGAGCUGCGUCUUCCUCGCGGCCGCCUUCGCCGCGGCCGUCUCGGCCUCGCCCAUCGACGACGAGAUCACCAAGCUCGAAGCGACCAUCGCCGAGCUCAAGGUGAUCAAGGCCGCCGAGACCAACAACAACGAGGCGCUCAAGAUCGUCAAGAUGGCCGCCAUGGCCUCGUCCUCGGGCAGCUCCACGGCCGAUGCCGGCGACGCGUCCGACAACAGCGAGUUCGACAUCGAGCCGCAGCCGACGCGCGCCACGACGGAGGCCCCCAGCACCUCGUCGUCCUCGUCCAGCGCUACCACGAGCAGCGCCACCGGCAGCACCACCAGCAGCGGAUCGGUUGAGGCCGCCACCAGCGCGUCGGCCGAGGCCAGCGCCAGUGCCAGCGCCAGCAGCAGCGCGUCCACCGUGGCGCCCACUGCCUUCGCCCUCGUGUCGGCCAUCGUCUACGCCAUGCUCUGA